UGACAUGGAGAAGAGCUCAGCAGGCACAGGUCUCUCUGUUUCUUGUGGCUCAGAUGUCAGUUUAAAGAACAUGGAGAGUGAGACUCCAGCCCAGUGCACUGGCCUGAGCUCUGAGGUCUGGGUGGCCCUGGAGACAAAGAAGACUCUUGAAGAAACAUCUAAUGAGAGGCCUACCCAGACAGAGAAGGUGCUGAGCAGAGACAUCUCCCGGGGUUACGAGCGGGUCCCGAUUCCCUGUGUCAAUGCUGUGGACAGUGAGCCGUGUCCCAGCGACUUCAAAUACAUCGUGAAGAGCUGCUUCACCUCCGCAGUGGCCGUUGACAGCAACGUCACUCAUUUACAGCGCUGCGCGUGUGCGGACGACUGCUCCUCCAGCACCUGCGUGUGUGGGCAGCUCAGCGGGCGCUGCUGGUACCGGCAGGACGGCCGACUGCUGCCCGGAUUCAACCAGAGGAACCCCCCGUGUAUCAUCGAGUGCAAUCCCAUGUGCUCGUGCUGGCGAACCUGCAGGAACCGCGUGGUGCAGAACGGGCCCCGGGUUCAGCUACAGCUGUUCCGCACACGAGAGAUGGGCUGGGGUGUGAGAACCAUGGAGGACAUUCCAGCAGGAACCUUUGUGUGCGAGUACGUCGGUGAGGUGAUCUCCGAUGCCGAGGCAGAGCUCCGUGAAGACACCUACCUGUUCGACCUGGACAACGAGGAAGGAGACGUGUACUGCAUCGAUGCGCGUUUCUAUGGCAACAUCGGCCGCUUCAUCAACCAUCACUGCGAGCCCAACGUCUUCGCUGCCAGGGUCUUCACAUCCCAUCAGGACGUGCGCUUCCCCAGGCUGGUCUUCUUCAGCGCGAGGGACAUCAGAGCUGGAGAGCAGCUUGGCUUCGACUACAAGGAGGAUUUCUGGGCCGUCAAAGGCAAAUCCUUCAGCUGCAAAUGCGGCUCUGGCAGGUGCAAGUACACGAGCUGGGCGCUGGCCAAGCGCCAGGCGCGCGCCCUGUCCCGCAGCAGGAAGCCAAAGGAGGCCCCUGUCAGCAGCUGGGUGGCAAAGGCUCCACGGCACAGGUGCUGCGCCAGCUACAAAUCAGCAGCUUCUCCUCACUGUAGCAGCCAUCCUGGCUCGCUCUUUGGCUCAAUAGAGAAGAGCCAAGCCCCAGCUGGUGCCAGCCCCGAGGCUCAGGAGCGUUUCUGCGGCUGCUGCACCCUGACGGGCCCCGGCGCCGGCUGCCGGCUGGGACCCACCAACUCCUCGGGGCUGGGAGAAGAAUCCCCGUGGGAGGAGUGA